CGAGCGGCUCCUCCCCGCCGCGCGAGCGGCCUCCCCCGCGCCAGGCGUAGGCUGCCGCCAGCGCCGCGCCCCGCUCCGCCGCCGCGCAGCCCCGCGCCGCGGCUGCCUCGGCCUCCGCCUCGGCUCCGCCGCCCCGCGCCGCUCCCGCAGCGGCCAGCAAAGGGCGCCGCCGCCUCCCCUCCUCCUCCUCCUCCUCCUCCCGUCACGGCAGGGCCCGCGCACGCAGCGCCGCCGCCCCGCAGCGACCGCGGCCUCGGAGCGCCGGCAGGAGCUGGACUGAAGAAUAAUGAAUGGAAGUGACUGACAUCAUGACGACCCUCAGACAGAGAAGGGGUGGAAGACCCGCAGAAGCAGCUGAAGAACAGCCUUCAGAGGAGAAGAACGUGAAGCCUGACGGAAAAAUUCAGUCUGAUCAUACAGGUGGAAAGCUGUGGAACAUACUUUCACUAACAGUUGGUGGGAUUGUUGCCGUCUGUCUUGGGCUUCUUACUUCUGUUUAUGUUGCUACACUGCAUGAAAAUGACCUCUGGUUUUCCAAUAUUAAGGAAGUAGAAAGAGAAAUUUCGUUCAGAACAGAAUGUGGACUCUAUUAUUCCUACUACAAACAGAUGGUUCAGGCUGCAUCCAUCCAGCAAGGUUUACAUGGUUUAGUAUAUGACAAUAAAACUGAAUCUGUGAGGACAAUUAACAUACUUGAAAGAAUGAAUGUUUACCAGGAGGUGUUUCUCAGCAUUCUAUAUAGGAUUCUUCCAAUUCAGCAAUACUUAGAGCCUGUUUAUUUUUAUAUCUACACUUUGUUUGGACUUCAGGCAGUUUAUGUCAUUGCUCUGUAUGUAACAAGCUGGCUUCUUAGUGGAACGUGGCUUUCAGGGUUGUUGGCAGCUUUCUGGUAUAUUACAAACAGAAUAGAUACUACAAGAGUAGAAUUCACCAUUCCUUUAAGAGAGAACUGGGCACUACCGUUCUUUGCAGUUCAAAUAGCAGCCAUCACAUACCUACUUAGGACUCAUUUACAGCCUGCUCACGAAAGACUGACACUUCUGGCUGUAUUCAUAGCAACCCUCCUCUUUAGCCUGACUUGGCAAUUUAAUCAGUUUAUGAUGCUAAUACAGGCACUGGUAUUAUUCAUACUGGACUGCUUUGACAUGCUUCCCACAGCAAAGGUUACGAGGCUCUAUAUCAUUCAAGUUUCUGGAUUACUGCUAGUCUGUGUCCUGCAGUUCUUUAAUUCUAUGAUUCUUGGAUCAUUACUUAUCAGUUUUAAUGCUUCUGUCUUGAUAGCAAGGACAAUUCAGAAAAAUCUAAAAAAGGGAGGCUUGCUUAAUAGGCUUGGGAAACUUUUCCUCCAUGUACUAUUCGUCUCAUGCUUGACUCUUCUAGUAAACAAACUCAUCAAGAAAAUUCUAAAUCUUGAGUCAGAUGAACAUAUAUUCAAAUUCCUGAAAGCAAAAUUUGGAUUUGGGGCAACAAGAGAUUUUGAUGCUAACCUGUAUCUUUGUGAAGAAGCUUUUGGUUUACUACCAUUAAAUACUUUUUCAAGACUCUCGGAUACAUUACUUUUUUACGUCUACAUAUUUGUUCUCUUCCCUAUGACAGUAGCAGCUGCAAUUGUUGCCUUUCGGAACCUCAGUGGUUCAACUAAAGUUGGAAAAUUCGUGGAAAAAAUGGAAGACUGGACAAUAGCACUGAAGCCUGGGGCUGCUUACAACUUAAUUCACACAGUUCUUUUUGGAUGUUUGGCAUUAAGCACAAUGAGAAUGAAGUACCUCUGGACAUCCCACAUGUGUGUUUUUGCAUCUUUUGGUCUGUGUAGUACAGAAGUAUGGGGACUUAUCCUGAAAUGUGUUCGUCUCUACACAUCACAAAGGACGUGUGUGAUUAGAUAUUCUCUACCAAUAAUUACAUUACUGUACAUUUCAUAUAAGUUCUGGCCAGGAAUAAUGGAUGAACUGUCAGAGCUGAGAGAGUUCUAUGACCCAGACACUGUGGAGCUGAUGAACUGGAUUAAGUCAAACACUCCAAACACAGCAGUGUUUGCUGGGAGCAUGCAGCUACUAGCAGGAGUCAAACUGUGCACUGGACGGAUCUUAACUAAUCAUCCCCAUUAUGAAGAUAAGAAUCUGAGAGAGAGAACAAAACAGAUUUAUCAGAUCUAUGCCAAGAGAUCUCCUGAAGAUGUUUACAAAAUACUACGAUCCUUUGGCACGGACUAUGUGAUCCUAGAAGACAGUAUAUGUUACGAAAGAAGACAUAGUAGAGGCUGCCGGUUACGUGACCUGCUUGAUAUAGCUAAUGGUCAUAUCAUGGAUGGUUUGGGAGAGAAUGAACCUGAUUUGAAACCUUCGUUGUAUCCUCGCUUCUGUGAGGAAAUUAAAAAAAACCUGCCUUCUUAUACCGUACACUUCACUAGAGUGUUUCAAAACAAAACAUUCCAUGUUUACAAACUUGCUAAACAUAAAUAACAUUUCUAGCAAUGGCUUCAAGUUCAGUAUUUUAAUGCUAGAGCCCACAUUAGAAGAUGCAGAAGAAGUUUACAAACAUGUUACAUUUGUAAUACAUUUUACAUUAAUGGUUUCUUGUUUAAUUACUUUUUUUAAGGAAAAAAACCAGCCUUGUUUUGAUAACAUUCUUGAUGUUGCCAAAAUUUUCAUAGAUUCAUAAAUAAAUGCUAGCAGGGACCAUUUUGGUUAUCAAGUCUGACCUUCUGAACACCUAGGAUAUACAUUUUUUCUAUUUUUAACCAACCAAAAGACAUGAAAUGAGCAGCCUGCAUGACCACUGCAGAAUAGCUAAGCUAUGAAGUUCUGCUCAGGGUUUUGGAUUUUUACUAUAAAAAUGAUAGAAAUUCCAUGAAAGCAGGCCAUGCUACUCCAUUACUAAGUAUGCAUUGUCUUUGUGAACCAUUAAAAUAACAGCAGUAUUGGGUUCAGUCUUACAGUCUGAUCCUUUCUGACCAACCUUUAUGCUCUUUCAGUGCCUCUUUUUUGAAUUCGUUCGGGCUGUAUGUGGACAUGAGUUUCCAAGUUUAUGAGUACGUUUGCAGAAUCAGUGAGUGCAGAAUCAGCAAACAAGUUUAAAGAAUAAAACUUUAAUGAUUGUACAGCAUUUUUUUAGUGAUACAGAAACAUGCUGUUUUGUAAUGUUAAGCAUUUAAUGAUGGAGUGUUAUGUAUUUCUAGUGAGAGUUAAGGUUGGAGCAUGCUUUUGAUACAUGUUGCAUGUUUGUAUCCUCUUACAAUGCUCAGGACAAACAAAGAACAAAUUUCUCCGCUUGGAUUCUCACAACGCUAUUUUCUGUAUUUGCUUUCCAAACGGCAGGGGAUCCCUUUCACCCCACACGUAUUCCAGAAGUAGGAUACCCGAAUAGAGCACUGCCAGCCUUACAAGAGAAACAUUCAUCUCUCAAACUGGCAGGAAAUUUAGGUGUUUAAAAUACAUUCAGGUACUAGAGCUUUGCUUUACAGUAUUUUAGAUACAAAGCUACGUUUUUAGCACACUAAAAACUGUCAUUAUGUCCUUGCCCCUUAUCCUAAAAAAUAGAUUACAGGGUUCUUUCUGAAUUGAAUGGGAAGAGUAAGUGAAGGCAGGCCUCAGUCUCCGAGAACUUUGUGAUUUGUUUGUAGCCUUUGUCUUUUUUCCAGGCUACAACUUUGUGAAUUUUAUUGACUUUUUAAAUGCUAUGUAGAUAACAUCUCACUUUUACUGUAAUUUAGUGCUAUUUUGGUUUUAUGUUGAAAUUAGAGAUUAAGUCUGACAAAGUCUAAGAGUACUCUCCAACCUUAAUUAGAUAUCUACUAGGAUCAUUUGUUUCUCAUGAGAAACAAAGUUGUAAUAAUCAAGUGCCUCUAGGCCAAUGUUGAAUUAACAUUUGAACACCUAUUAGAGUGUUUGUGGCCUGUGCAAAUAACUCAGUUACAAUAAUUACCACUGCAAUUAAUUUCUAAUGAUGAGAAACUUAAAGUGCUACUGAUAGCAAACUCCACAUUUAAUUUAAUCAAGAUGUGUAAUGAGAUUAACUUUCACAACUGAGCUGUGUUCCAAUUCCAGAUGAUUUAAAUGUUUUCCCUUUUCAGUUGCAGUCAGGUAAAUUACUGAAGAGAUGGGAGACAGUUACGUCACAUGCUCAAACAAUUUUAUAUUCAGUAAAUACUCGUUAAACAACAUUCAACAUUUUCCUGCACUUUCAUGCUAACACAAAAGGAAAGCGUGCUUUAAUCAGACUGCAUUUAAAUCAAACAUUGACAGUAGCUAGAUUGUUAAACUGAGCAACUGAAACUCCUGAAUAAUUUCUAUGCUGUAUCCCUUAAUGAGGUUGGGGACCACUGCAGUUUAACAUAAUACAAUAAUAAAACAUUUUAAUCAGUAUUAAAACUUUAAUUAGGCCUGUAAUGAUGCAUGCCAGUACUUGCUGAGAGCAUGGGUCAGUGAAUUCCUCAAUGAGUGCCUUACAGUAAUUGAAAACAAGCACAUGUAAGGUAAAGUACCUCUAGGCUGUAUUGUCUUUCUGUAAAAUGUGGUUGUGUCUUUCUUUAAAGGUGCAUUAACUUUCUUCCAAUUGGAAACUAAGUCCUGACCAUAACAGUAGUUAUUUUUAAACAGAGUAGAUGUUUUUCUUCAGCAGAGUCUCUAUUAUUGCCAAAACAGAAAUUUAAGCUUUUUGUAGAAACUACAGAGUGAAAAAAAAUUACAGAGGAGAACCUAAGAUAGCUUUUUUUCUUUGGAAAGCAUUAAAUACACAGCUGUUGUGAUCCAGAACUACCACAGUAGCAUAGUAUCUCCUUGGAACACAAAUACCCCCAUAAAACAGCAUAGUAGAAAUUUGAGAUGUUAGAUUCACAGUAUUUUUGAAAUUGUUUUAGCUUCUGCAGUUAGCAGUCACUAAGGCCUCCAUAGCUUAUGACACUCUUAAACAAUUCCAACCAUUCCAGUAUCUGAAAUUUUUCAUUUUAAAUGGAGAGACAUAUUUCAGUGACUAAUUAGUGCAACCUUCAGAAGGCUAAUCUCCAUAAAACAGAAAAUGCCAAGAGCAGAGCACUCACCAGCUCAGCAGAGGGAAGGUGCUCUCCAGGACAGUGACCCCCAGCAGCAGCAGCUGUGUCUCUGCCCCUGAUUUAAGGGCUUGGCUCCAGCACAGGGCCUGCUGGGGAAGGCUGCAGCGGCGGUGAGUAGUCAGCCUCCACUAAGGUGCUGAGCUGCGUGGUAAAAAGGGCUGCGUUUCCUGUCCCUAGGGCUUGGGUGUAAGGGUCUUUGAGACUUCUGGGAGAUAUGUGAUGUUUUAUUUGUUUGAGAAUUAUUUUCUCUGCUUCCUGUGUCUUUCUACAAUACAUGUUCAUUGCAUUAAAACUGUGUAAUUUUUUGUAAAAACUUCUGCCUACACUGGAACUAUGUCAUCCCAAUGCAUCUUAUUUCCAAGUGGCUGCUGUUCCAUCAUACUAAGUAUGAUCUACCCCCGUGACCAACACCUGUGGCUGUGCACUUACAGCAAUCCUACAAGUAACUAACUAUGUGAAUGACACCAUUGUGAUUUCUGCAAUAUGUUAUGUAUCAUCUGCAAGGACUUUUAAGUUGUGCGUUAUCAGUGGAAUUGUAGGUGUGAAGGACUUUUUUAGAUCGCAGAGCCAAAAUGUUAGCAAAAGUAGCCAGAAUGUUUUAGAGGAGAGAAAAGCCUUUGAGAUCCAUAAUUAUAUUUUCAUUUCUUGUUUCAAUAUUCUGCUGGUGAAAUCUAACAUACAACUAUUUUAUAAUAUGUUGUUGUACAGAGAUGUAAUGACUAUUGUAUACUAAAUAAACUUGUGUCACUGGAAAAUCAAAA